AUGGCGACCAAGGUGGGCGGCUGUGGCUACGUGGCGCCUUCAGCGGCAGGCGGCGGCGCAUCCAAAGUGGUGCACGUGGCGGGCGGCGGCGGCGCACCCAAGGUGGCGGGCGGAGGCGGCGUAGCGGCGCCUCCAGCAGCAGGCGGCGGCACAUCCAAAGUGGCACGCGUGGCGGGCGGCGGCGUCGUGGUGCCUUCAGCAGCACGUGUGGUGGGCAGUUGUGGCGCACCCUCAGUGGUGGGCUGUGCACGGCCAGUUUGCACCGCAUCAACCCCCGUGAACCUCACGACAGUUGGCGGCGGCGGCGUGGAUGUCAAGUCGGCCUCGUCGCUCUCCCAGUGGCUGGGUGUGGUAUUGUCGGUGGUGCCGGAGGUGGUGUUCAGGAUCUGCAGUGGCACUGCAUGUGAUCCGCCACCUGGUGGUCUGCCGGACUAG